AUGAAUCCUUCCCCAAGCAAAGAAGCACGGAAAAGGGAGAAUGAACAGUCACCUAUAAAGAAAAAAUUCAAGGAUUCUGCCAUCUCUAAGGAUGAACUCGAUGUAGCUAUAGCUAAUGGCAUAAAGCUAGCCCUCCAAGAGCAACAAUGUGGCCUAGAUGUGGCGGUAGCCUCUGCUGUCAGAGAAGCGGUGGACUCUAUCCUUGUCCCAGCACUAUGUGAUUUACGAACAGAAAUCCAAAAGACUAAUGAAACUGUGAAAGAAAUUAGUAGGGAACUUGAAAAUGUAGUCAAAUCUACUAAAAGGACCCAAGACCGUGUGGACUCUGUCCAGGCAGCUGCACGAGGGGAUAGGCGAUCGUCUAUCGAGCUAAGAACACAGCUAGAGCAGCUCACCACAAAGUUGACGUAUCUGGAGGACUGGGGACGAAGAAAUAACGUAAGGCUGGUUGGCUUACCAGAAGCAGUGGAGAGUUCAGAUGCAAUCGGUUACCUCAAAGAUAACCUCCCCAAGUGGUUCACUUCAUUGGUGGACCGAGACAUUGACAUAGAGCAGGCUCAUCGUGUGUAUGAUGGAGGAGAGGCUAACUCCAACAAGCCACGCACCCUCAUCUUCAGAUUACUGCAUUGUCCAGCGACUGCAGCAAGGAAAAAGAGCUUCAGUUCUGUCAUAAAGAAAGCUAAAGGCAUGGGCCUGGAGCCAUUCCUCAUCUACCCAGCGUGGAUCAAGCUGCAGCAUAAAGGUGAAAAGAAGAUGUUCGACUCCCCCGAAGCCGCCAAAGAUUUCAUCAACUCUCUUCCACGGAGCGACAUGCACCAUCACGAGUUGGCGGCGACCGUGAACACCGGUCCGGUUCCGGUAAUCCUGCAGACGGAUUCGCGCGACAAGUGGGGCAAAAAGGUCGACUUCCUGCUGUCUGUGAUCGGCUUUGCUGUGGAUCUGGGGAACGUGUGGCGAUUUCCUUACAUCUGCUACCAAAACGGCGGAGGAGCCUUCCUCAUCCCCUACAUCCUCAUGGCAAUAUUUGGGGGUGUGCCGCUCUUCUACAUGGAGUUGGCUCUGGGUCAGUUCCACCGCACAGGUGCCAUCUCCAUAUGGAAACACAUUUGUCCUAUAUUCAAAGGCAUCGGUUUUGCCAUCUGCAUCAUCGCCUUGUAUGUCUCCUUCUACUACAACACCAUCAUCGCGUGGGCCUUGUUCUACUUCUACUCAUCGUUCAGCAGCACUCUUCCAUGGACGAGCUGCGAUAAUGAAUGGAACACAGAAAACUGCACCAACUACUUUGGGAAGGACAAUGUGACGUGGACGAAUUACUCACGCUCACCAGCUGAGGAGUUUUACACGAGGAACGUGUUGGAGCUACACGAGUCGGACGGUUUGGAGAACGUUGGCGUGAUCCGCUGGCAGCUGAUGCUCUGCCUUUUCCUCAUCUUCACCAUCGUCUACUUCAGCCUGUGGAAAGGAGUCAAAACAUCGGGCAAGGUGGUUUGGGUCACAGCCACUCUUCCCUAUGCGGUGUUGUUCAUUUUGUUAAUUCGAGGUGCAACAUUACCUGGAGCCUGGAGGGGUGUCGUCUUCUACCUGCAGCCCAAAUGGGAGAAACUUAAGGACACAAGUGUUUGGGUGGACGCAGCAGCUCAGAUCUUCUUCUCACUCGGCCCGGGGUUCGGUGUUCUGCUUGCUCUGUCAAGCUACAACUCCUUCAAUAAUAACUGCUACAGAGAUGCCAUUGUGACGAGUUUGGUGAACUGCCUGACCAGCUUCAUGUCCGGGUUUGUGAUUUUUACCGUUCUGGGCUACAUGGCCGAGCAGAGACACGUUAACGUGGAAGACGUCGCCAGAAACAAGGGCCCGAGUCUUCUGUUCAUCACUUACCCAGAAGCCAUUGCCAACAUGAUGGGCUCUACAUUUUUCGCCAUCAUCUUCUUUGCGAUGAUGAUCACACUGGGAUUGGACAGCACGUUUGGAGGUCUAGAAGCCAUCAUCACUGCCGUCAUGGAUGAGUACCCAGACUUUCUGUCCCACAGGAGGGAGGUGUUCGUGCUGGGCCUCGUGACCGUGUGCUUUUUGGGCUCUCUGAGCACUCUUACCAAAGGUGGAGCGUAUGUAGUAAAACUACUUGAAGAGUUUGGAGUCGGAUCCUCCAUAAUAGCCAUCGUGUUCUUGGAAGCCACCGCUGUCUCCUGGUUCUAUGGCAUUAACAGAUUCAGCAACGAUGUUAAAGCCAUGCUGGGAUACACACCUGGAAUCUUCUGGAGGUUUUGCUGGGUAGCCAUCAGCCCGACUUUCCUCGCGUACAUCAUCAUAAGCUCUCUGCUGAAUCCGGCUCCGCUGAUGAUGUUCGAUUACAAAUUCCCCGACUGGAGCAUCAUGGUCGGUUACAUCAUCGGUUUCUCGUCUUUCAUCUGGAUUCCUGUCUACAUGGUGUAUAAGCUGGUAUGGACACCUGGCUCGCUUAAACAGCGUCUGGCUGUUUGCCUGCGGCCCGAACGAACGCUACAUGACAUCCACACGGACACGCUGGGUUUGACUCCGGUACCUUAA